AUGGCGGCAUUUGAAAAAACAGGCCUCUUUCCUGUCGACCCAGCGCCGGUGAUCACCAAGAUCCUCCACGAGCAGCUACGACAACAGCAGCCGAUCAAUCCUGCAUACGCCUCGCUCCUACCCUCGGAGACGCGUUUCCAAGUCGCCGCGGAUGCCCUCAAUGAUAUCCGGCAACGGUAUGGGCCCCUCAUGAGCUCGCCAUCACGAGAAAACUUGCGGGUUCUUGCGAAAGUGAACACCGAGUCUAUCGCGAUGGCGUCACAUUCCCAGGGCAUAGUCAGCGAUAAGAAUAGCCGAACCCAGGCGUAUGCGAAUCGAAUGAAGAGAGGCAAGAUUGUCAGGCCGCGCGGAGAGUUUAUCACGAGCUCCAGCAUGGCCGACAUCACCCGGGAGUAUGAGGAGCUCCAGGCAAAGCAAACCCGGCUUCAAACGCGCCAGGAGAUAAGGAUGCAUCUUAAACGAGUUCGUGGAGAGAUGCAGAAGAUCCGAGAAGACUAUAAAGUCGGGAAGAAGCAGUUAGUCAAUGGCAGAGUCAAGACAUUGAACUUUAAGCCCUGGCUAGAGUUUACGGGACGAGACGUUGAGUUCUACACUCUGGAGCAAAGUUGCGAUACCCUCAUGCGGGAGCUCAAAGAGCCAUCCAAGGAAUCCUUUUCUAUGAUACCACGAAGAGAAAUAACUCCGCCAGAGAUGUCAGGCGCGCGCAGCGACCCGACCUCGCCCACUUACAGAUAUGUCGUCGUUGCCCGGCAGUGA